CCGCCGCCGUCUGAUGUCCAUGGUCCACCAUCAACACACAUCGAGCAUCAGGUAUCUGGAAUCUAGGGCAACCGAGUGCGCAGGGGGGACUUUGGCAUACAGACAAUACCGAGAACAUUACACAGCUUCCCGCCAUGUUCGAGAAGUCGCUGUACGACCUCAUCCGAGGUCUGCGCAAUCACAAGGGUAACGAGAAGGAGUACAUACAGAACUGCCUGAAAGAAUGUCGCUCCGAGAUCCGCAGUCAGGAUAUGGACGUCAAGGCGACGGCCCUCCUCAAGCUCGUCUACCUCGAGAUGGUCGGACACGACAUGUCCUGGGCUUCGUUUCAUGUUCUCGAAGUCAUGUCGUCCCAGAAGUACCAUCAAAAGCGUGCUGGAUAUCUCGCUGCUGUUCAGAGCUUCCGUCCUGAUACCGAUGUGCUCAUGAUGGCAACAAACCUCCUUAAAAAGGACCUGGGCGCCUCGUUACCGACCAUAAUCUCGCUCCCGAUCGCCGCUCUCCCCCAUAUCGUCACCCCGUCCCUGGCCAUGUCACUCCUGGGUGAUUUGCUGCCACGCCUGGGCCACUCGCAUGCCGCCAUCCGGAAGAAGACCGUCGUCACUCUCUAUCGGUUAGCGCUGGUGUACCCCGAAGCGCUCCGUGCGGCAUGGCCGAAGAUCAAAGAACGCCUGAUGGACGGGGACGAGGACUCGAGCGUGACGGCAGCCAUUGUGAAUGUUGUCUGCGAGUUGGGCUGGCGGAGACCGCACGACUUCCUUCCAUUGGCGCCGCGGCUGUUCGAGCUGUUGGUCGAUGGCGGCAACAACUGGAUGGCGAUAAAGUUGAUCAAACUUUUUGCCACCUUGACUCCCCUCGAACCGCGCCUGGUCCGCAAGCUGCUACCGCCUUUGACCAACCUCAUUCGGACGACCCCGGCGAUGUCCCUCCUGUACGAGUGUAUUAAUGGCAUCAUCCAGGGCGGCAUCCUCGGGGACGGAGAAGAUUUCUCGGCCAGGGAAGAGAUAGCCUCGCUCUGCGUCAACAAGCUACGGGGCAUGGUAUCCGUGAACAGUGAUCCUAACCUCAAAUACGUGGCACUCUUGGCAUUCAACCGGAUCGUCGUCACUCAUCCCUUCCUCGUUGCGCAGCAGGAGGAUGUGAUCCUGGAGUGCAUCGACAGCGAGGACAUAACCAUCAGGAUCAAGGCCCUCGACUUGGUGCAGGGCAUGGUCAGCAGCGACAAUCUCGUGUCAAUCGUCAGCCGCCUGAUGAGGCAGCUUAAGGCGUCUUCCGCUGCGCUCAGCGAACAGCAGAACAGCCUUGACGGCCAAGAUCUCGAAACCGAUUCGAGUGAUGAGACGAUGACGGAUUCUAGACGUCGCCGCCGCAAGACACAAGAACAGGCUCCACCUCUGCCGGACGAUUACACUGUGGACAUUAUCGGUCGGAUCGUGAGGAUGUGCUCUCAGAACAACUAUGCUAACAUGGUUGACUUUGACUGGUACAUCGGCGUUCUAUCUCAGCUGGUCCGAAUUGCGCCCCCAUCUCGAGCGAGGGACCCCGGCCUUGAUUCGCUCCCAUCAAAGCUGCCGAUUGACGUCUCCGAGAAGGUUGGCGACGAGAUCAGGAAUGUGGCCGUGAAGGUCAAGGCUAUCAGGUCUGCCGCUGUUCAAGCUGCUGGCCUCGUGAUAUCUCGAAUGAGUUCAGAAUUGUCGCCUUCACGACCAGUGAUAUCAGGGGCACUGAAGCCCGUCGCGUGGGUGGUCGGCGAGUAUGCUGAGCUCUCCUCCGCUGAGGAUACGUUACGGCACUUGUUGGACCUUGUUCCUCGGAUCGAAUACCCGGAAGUUCUGGCAACGUGCCUGCAAGCCAUCAUGAAGCUGUUUGCCUAUGUUGCUGGAGACGAACGGGCCCUCUGGACCGCGGAAAGAAAGUCAAGCAUGUCACUGCUUAUGGCCCGUGUCAUCCACGUCUUGGAGCCAUAUGCCUUGCACCCAUAUUUAGAAGUGCAGGAGCGCGCGGUUGAGUUUGUCGAGCUCCUAAAGCUGACGGCUGAAGCCACGGCCGGCCAAGCUGCGUCAACAGACGAAGUCCAGCAGGACCCGCCAUUGCUGCUUACACAAGCCGUCCCGUCCCUGUUUAGUGGAUGGGAGCUCAAUUCCGUCGCGGCGGGGACACAACAUAACGUGCCCAUGCCCGACGAUAUUGACCUAGACGAACCCAUCCAUGCUAACCUCGACGGCCUCCUGGCACAGGCAGACUCACUGAUGCUGCCGGUGCAGGGCGAUGACGAGUUCGAGGUUUACUACAACCAGAAACCGCCUCCCACGAGCAUGUCCAGUGAACCAGCGAUAAACAGGCUCCUGGACGCCCCUGAGGAGGUCUCGGGCUCAUACCAACAUGCCGAGGAGAGCUACCUCGACCCGGACAUCGUCGCAAGACGAAAGGCCGAACGAAUGGAGCGUUACCGUGAUGAUCCCUUCUACAUCCCUGAUUCCAACCGAUCCGGCGGCACAUCGACACCCAUCCACAAAAUUCUCCAGAAAGAGAAUGGCCCGGACCUCGACAUAGAUUCCAUCCCCAUCAUGCAGCUCGACCUCGAAAAACUCUCCCUCUCCGGCCGAGCCACCCCGACUUCUACAGAAAAGCAACAGCAACAACAACGCCCGAAACCUGCACCCAGGCAACGCAUCGUCGUCGCAGCGGACGAAACCCUCGGAGGUUUCAGCGGCAACGGCAAUGGCAGCGGCCGCUCCACGCCACGGGCGAUGGGGUACGACUCGGAGAACAACAACUCGGCAGACAACCUCGCCGCCGGCAGGCCCAGUAGCAGCGCUGGCAAGACGGCCUCCUCCGUCAAGAGACUCAAGCAGCAGGCCCUGCUGAAAGUUGACUCCAGCAACCUCAACGACCUGAGCCUCGACGACAGCGACCGGGCGGAUGCGGCCGGGUUCGACCCGGAGCGGCAGCAGCGGGAGGAGGCCGAGAUGGCACAAGCGUUGCGGGAGGUGCAGCGGUUGCGCCUGGAGAUGCAGCGGGCGAAUGAACGGAUCCAGGUCGCGCAGGGCGUGCCGGUGGAGGGAGUGCCUGUUGUGAAGAAGAAGAAAAAGAAGGUGAAGAAUGAUACAGAGGGGGGAGGGGAAGAAGCUGCAGGUGGAGAGGAGGGGAGUGGGAGUGGAAUUAAGCCUAAGGUGAAGAAGAAGAAAAAGACUGCGGCUACUUCUGCCGCUGCUGAUGCUGAUGGGGAAGGCCAAGGGGAGGGAGGUGGCGAACCCGGCGUUGUGAAAGCCAAGAAGAAGAAGGUGAAGAAGAGAGUGGUUCAGUUAGAUGAUGGUGAUGGGGCUGCUCCUGUGGUAUAGAGACCAGAGAGCGGCAGCGUAUUAGACAGUAAGCACGCAGUCAAGCCUUGCACGACCGCUUGUUAUACUUCCGUCAGUGGACCGACUUCCAGUGUGAACGAUCCCAGUUACUACAACCAGGCCGCCUUAUGCAGAAAAGGAUGUGUGUAAACCGUGUCCUAUGGGAGCGUGUGUCAAAGUUGGCGGCGGUUGUACAUACUUAUACAAGUCCCCGAGGUUUGGUUUGGUUUAAAGCGCUGUUGGAAAGCCAAGGACCCUGGAGCGGUUAUAUACACC